GCUCGGCGGGCAGCCCCGCCCCGGCUCCCCCUGGGCGGCGGCGGGGCCAGUGGGCGGGGGCCGGGCGGAGCGGGGCGCACGGCGCGGCUCGGCUCAGCACGGCACGGCUCGGCUCCGCUCCGCUCUCCCGUCAUGGCAUCCAAGUGCCCGAAGUGCGACAAGACCGUGUACUUCGCUGAGAAGGUGUCCUCCCUGGGCAAGGACUGGCACAAGUUCUGCCUGAAGUGUGAGCGCUGCAACAAGACCCUGACCCCCGGCGGGCAUGCUGAGCACGAUGGGAAGCCCUUCUGCCACAAGCCCUGCUAUGCCACGCUGUUUGGCCCCAAAGGGGUGAACAUUGGUGGCGCCGGGUCCUACAUCUAUGAUAAGCCACAGAUUGAGGGACAAACCGCUCUGGGACCCAUCGAGCACCCAGUGAAGGUGGAGGAGAGGAAGGUGAACGCUGCACCACCCAAGGGGCCCAGCAAAGCCUCCAGCGUCACCACCUUCACUGGGGAGCCCAACAUGUGCCCACGCUGCGGCAAGAGAGUCUACUUUGCCGAGAAGGUGACUUCGCUGGGGAAGGACUGGCACCGCCCCUGCCUACGCUGUGAGCGCUGCAGCAAGACGCUGACCCCGGGGGGCCACGCUGAGCACGAUGGACAGCCCUACUGCCACAAGCCCUGCUAUGGGAUCCUCUUCGGGCCAAAGGGCGUCAACACUGGAGCUGUGGGAAGCUACAUCUACGACAAAGACCCUGAGGCGAAGAACCAGCCCUAGACAGCAUCCUCCUGCCCCCCAGCCUGCUCUGUGCCCCCUUACUAACCUCCUGCCGCAGCCGGAGAAGACCCUCGCCAGGCUGGCCACGGAGCUGUGCUCUCUCUGCGCUCUCUACUCUGGGCAGGAUGGCCCUGCCCCCUGGGUUAUAUAUCAUAGUCUCUAAUAUAAGCUUCAGUGUUUAAAGGGAAAGGUAGAAGGUGUCUUUGGUGGUUCCCAAUGUGCUCUGUCCUCCCCAGCCAUCCCACCAGCCUCCCGAGCACGGGGGGCAGCGGGGCGGGUGUGGGGAUGUCACCAUGUGCAGGGGAUGGUGGGUGGCACCUGAGGGGCUGAGAGUGGAGGCAAGGUAAUGACAGGAGUCGCACCAUGGAAGGGCUGUGGCCCAUCUGGCAGCUCUCUCCUUCUCCUGGCCCUUCCUGGGCUCCAUGCCUUGGCUCUCACUCUCCCUGGGUCGCAUAGCUGACUCCAGCCACUGUUGGGUUUGUGGGGUCUGGCACCUCCCGCAUCCCCAUCCUUGCACUGCCAGGACAUCCCUGUAGGUGCACCUGGGUGGGUGCCCAACCUGCUCAGCCAACUGGUUUGGGUUGUUGGGCCCCCAGCCAGUUCCCACAGGGCAGCAGAGUCCAUGUCAGGGGGUACCCAGUGGCUGCAGCCUGGGGGAGUGGGCUGCUCCCUGCCUUUGGAGGGCAGAGCGCAUUGGGCUGUCGGCUCGGCGGUGGGACACCCACCUGCUGCCAGAGCUGGAGGUUUCUCAUUGUUGUUUAUUUAUAAGCAGUUGUAAAUGUGCCCCUUGCUUUGGAGAAUGACACGUGUCCCCCACUCUCACCCGUCCCCCUUGUGCACGCCCAGCCCCACUGCUGCCUAGGCAGCCAGGGAGGGGGCUGGUGCAGGGAACCCACAGGGUGGUGAGCCCUGGGGUACCAGCACCCCACUCUCCCUGGGCUCCCUGCACUGCUAUGGGGCUGACUUUUGUUAUUGCUGACAAUAAAGGUUUUGAGAGA